CCGGGGCCGCGCGGCCGCCGCCAUGAUGGAGGCGCAGCCUGACAGCCUGGAGGGCUGGGUGGCCGUGCGCGACACCGCCUUCGCCGAGCCCCGGCCCCCGCCGCCGCUCCGCUUCCUGGUGGGCUGGAACGGCGUGGAGGGCGCGUUCGCCGUCACCUGCCACGGCCGAGCGGAGGCGGCGGCGGCGCAGGCCCCGCAGAGCUGGGCCGGGCUCUUCUCGGCGCCGGCGCUGCGCGGCGUGCACCGGCAGCUGGCGGCCGUCUGCCCGCGCCUGGAGCCCGCCUUCCCCGCGCUGCCGCCCGCGCUGCCCGGCGCUGCCGCCUCGGCCGGGCUGUGGGCCGUGCUGUUCCCCGCGGGCGCGUCGCCGGGCGAGGCCGAGGUGCAGGAGCUGUGCCGGCAGCUGGAGCGCUACCUGGGCUGGGCGCUGGAGCUCUGCGGCGGCCGCGUGCUGCUGGACGCCCUCUUCGCCGCUGACCGCCAGCGCGACGACGAGUACUUCGAGAGCCUCCACGAGCUCCACAGGAAGGCCCUGCACGGCCACCUGGCCCGGGCCAAGGAGGCCCUGCGGCGGGUUCUUCAGCGGCAUAAAAAUGCUGACACAAUGGUGGCUUUGAUGAAGGUUUAUGAAGAAGAAGAUGAAGCUCAUCAGGAUUUGGUCACCAUGGCAACACAAUUCUACCAGUAUUUACUGCAGCCCUUCAGAGAUAUGCGGGAGCUCGCAACACUGUACAAACUGGAAAUCCUGAAAUCUUUGCAGUAUGAUAAUUUGGGGCCUAGAAGAGUAGCAGCUUUGCAGAAAGAUGCUGAAGAGUGGACUAAGCGAGCUGAGAAUGCUGUGUGCUCCAUUCAGGAUAUCACUGUGAACUACUUCAAGGAAACUGUAAAGGCUCUGGCAGCAAUGCACAAACAGAUGGAACAAGAUCAGGAAAGAUUUGGUAAAACCACCUGGGCAUCAGCUUUACCACGACUAGAAAACCUGAAAUGUAUGUUAGCUAAAGAAACCCUUCAGCAUCUGAGGGCAAGAGAGUUGUGCUUGAAGCAGAAGAGAGCUGGCAUUCAGAAAAACAUGGAGAACCUCAGUGAACAAGAAGAGAACCUAACUGUAGUGGAGGAGCUGGAAAUACAGUAUUAUGAAACACAGCUGGAAUUAUAUAACGUACAGCUUGAAGUAUUGAAACAUGAAGAGAAGCUGCUUAUUGUACAGUUGGACACUUUAAGGAGACAGAUUAAAGAGAAACAGGAUGAAGUUGUUUACUAUGAUACAUGUGAAAAUCCUGAGGAGCUCAAGGUCAUUGAACAGACAAUGGGACAACAUUACGCUAACUUGUCAGAAAUGACGAUGCUGAGGCAGAAGACUAAGCAGUUGGAGACAAAGCGUGGAACUGUCUGUGCGAGGAGAGCCUACCUCAGGAACAAAAAAGAUCAAUGUGAAGCAAGCCACCAGCAGAGACUGCAACAGGCAGAAGAAAGCAAAAAACGCUUCCAGCAGCAUCACAGCAUACAGAUAAAGAGAGACAAGCAAAAAGAGGAGGAGAAAAAGAAAAAAGCUUGGAUAAGCCAGGAACGCCAGAAAACACUGGAGAGACUGAAAACAUACAGAGAGAAGUAUCCAGCUCAUGUUGUUCUGAAAACAUCUUGUCCCCAGCCUCUCAGUCCCACGUUGUCAAGAAGCAGCACUCAGUUGGCUGGAGUACUGUCCCCUCCAUCUCCAUCAAAAGCAAGGGCAGCUCCAGAGCAGCCGCAAAGCAUCCUACUGGUAGAAGCUGAAGAAUCAAAAACUUCACAUCAGAAUACUCCAGAAGAUAUCCCUGUCCAGAUUUUUUUUACUGAUGGUGACACAGAGCAGCAAAUGCACAGCAAGGGAUUGAUGGUCUCUCCAACCUCACCACCACCUCCUCCACCUCCACCUCCACCUCCUCUUUUACCCUCUCCUCCCCCACCUCCUCCUCCCCCACCUCUUCCCUUACCUCUCCAGUUAAAGACACCAUCAGCAACAGAGAAUAAGCCACUGUCCCUUAGCUCCAUGGAAAGCCCUGCACUGCACAAGCAGGAUGACUCAUCCAGGAGGUCUAUAAAUCAUUGCCUAGGUUCCAUGGAUGAGGUUUUGGCUUCUCUAAAACGUAAUGAAGUUCAUCUUCGCAAAGUGGAACAGGCCAAUCCAUAUGCCUCAGUAAAAGACAGCAUCCUCUGUGCCAUAAGGCAAGGAGUUAAACUAAGGAAAGUGAAUCAAGAUACUGAGAAAGAUGUCAGUAAAGGAUCCACUAAUGAGCUAGAGAGAAGCAUUAAGGCAGCCAUGCAGAGAAUUAAGAAAGUGUCUGCUGAUUCUGAAGAAGAAGAAAACGAUGAUCAGAACAAUGGAGAAUGGGACAGCUAACCAAUUGAGGGUAACAGACUUACUGACUGGAACAGAGUGUGUGCCUCAUUUUGCAUUGUUGUAGAAGACUGUCCCUUUCAAAAUGACAGAACAGUGUGAUUGUGUGUGUUCCUCUCACAGUCCAAAAUGUCUUGUCAAGUAUGAGAGUCCUAUUGAUUUUUAUAGGAGCUGCAUAUUCUUACUUUGCAUGAGAAAUCAUACUCCAAAUUAUGCUUGCAUUCAUAGGUAUUUCUGGCUCAACCAUGUCAUUAUCACUGCAUCUGAAGUGCUGGAUUGAAACAUGUAGUAUUUAGGUUGUUACUACAGACAAGGUAAUGCCAUCAGAACACUUAAGGAGUGAAAAACUGAGUGGAAAUCUAUUUUGUCAGAUAAGGAGAACCAAAUCUGUGAUGAUAGAGGCUGACCAGAAAGCUUAGCAUAAUCUGGAACCUGUCAUUCCUACCUCCAUUGUUCAGAAAAAUUUUAAACAUUUUGCUUGUCUAAUACAGCUCACUCUCAAAUAACUACAUGGAUACUCCACUUAUCAUUAUGUUAUGAAGUGUGCACUUAUGAAUGAGCUUGAUAAUGCUAAUUGGGAAAAUUAGUUUCAAGUUUGAAAUAACACUAUGGUUGUAAUUGCUGAAAAGAUUACUUUUUAGCUGGAAGCUUAAAUAUAGAGAAUUUUUAGAUGCUAAAUGUUUUUCGUACAUCUGCAUUUACAAUGAACUGUUGGCAUGAAAGAAAGAGCCAAAAUAUUGUCUACAUUAUUUUCUGGGAUCUAGUCCUGUAAUACAGAGCUGCAUUUCUCCAGUGAGAACAUCAAUACCUGUUUAUAGCUGCUCUCAUGAAUUUAAAUCACCUGAAAGCCUUAUAAAUGGCAGAUAAUUGUGUUGUGCCUGAAACCUGACUAUUUAAAAAUCCAGUUACAUUCAAUUUAGGGGCUGUCUAUUUUGGUAAAUAGUGACAAAAGUGAUUCAAAGUAUCUUCUGGAGUUUAUACUGACCCUUAAUAAAAAUACAGCCUGACAGACGCAGUGGAUUCAGUGUGCUGUCAUGUUAGGUUGCUGCUGUGAAGUAAGCUUUACUUACAGUGUGGCACUCUGCUUUUUGAUAGUAAGUGGCAGCCAUACAGCAGCUAUGCUCUCUCUCUAAUGGUAUAUGUAAAUGCCCUUAUUUUCUCAAUUAUUUAUGAAUUGUAAUUUGGUAACAAAAUUGCAAAUAGGGUGCUUUAAUUCCCUGUUCUGCUGUAGAGUAGCAGGUAUGUUUAAUCAGCACAGUAAAUAUGUAUUCAACAGUUUUCAUGCGAGAAGCAGCAGCUGGGGGUUCAUUUUUUACUGUUUCAGCACUUGCUGUAGUUUAGGUGUUAGAAUAAAAUGACCUUUUUUUCUUUUUGUCCACUGCCAUGGAACCGAA